AUGGCCGACUUUGCGAAGUGGUUCGUUACCGGCGACAACGGGUUGAUGCAAGAGUUCGAGAAAUACAUCAUCGAGCAAAUUGUCUCAAACGCCUUUGGGCAGUAUCACAGGGAGGAAGAAGAAAGGAAAAGAAGGGAGGAGGAGGAGAGGGAUCUAGCAGAAGCACGGAAGUUCCAGGUCUACAACCUAUCUGUCAAGUACUUCUAUCGAUGGAAGGAAAUCGCCAGAAACCUUCGCCUCACCAAACUUCGCAGACAAGAGAGGGAGGAGUACCGAAGAGUUCAGCGUGAACAGCGGGAGGAGGAAAUCAGGCAGAGGAAGAAGGCAGCUAAAGUUGCCGAGGCGAAGAAAAGGGCUUUGGAGAAGAAUGGUUUCGACCCUGUGGAGGAAUUCAGAGAGCUCCUUCAACUUAGGAAAGACGGCACACAAGCCGACCUCCAAGCAGAGGCGGAGGCUCUGCUAGCAACCGGCAUCUUGUCAGGCAUCUCGGACGAACGACUCGCAGCCGCCCAUGUCAUGCGGCCCCCAGCGACGAUGGAGACGCUUGCGACGAACACGCCGCUACCUCGAUCCCGCUCGUCAACGGCCUUAUCGCAGUCAACCACGGGUACCAAGCCCCGCGGCGCGAAAACACGGGCCAUACGAGAAGAGUUUGGCAAGAGCGCUACCAAUUUCCGAAGAUCGCUGCCUCCCAUGUCAGCCCACUCCUCGUCAUCACGACUGUCUUCAGAGCCGCAGAAGCGCGUUAGCAAAGUGUCUGAUCGCUGGCGUCUGAAGGCGAUGGGGCUCGUUACGAUGCCCGACGGAUCAGCGUUGCCGGAGUCCAUCGCAAACGAGAUGCGGUACAACGGGAAACGAUAUGCAGGGCUCGGGUCAUUCGGCUUGGACGGCACCGAGCGACGCCGGAGCGUCUCUGCCGAUCUCAACCACGCUGCCGAGGCCCGGUUACGCUUUUCACAGUCGCUUAACGGUGGCAGUGGUAGUAGCAUUGCCGCCGUACCGCAGGUCAACGGGACCUCACCGCUUAGUAAGAGGAAACGGGCUCUCGAUGACGACAACGAGAUUGCGGUUGUGGACGAAACCACGCGCGUCAAGAAGCGGCCGUCGAGUAAUGCGGAGAUUGAUAGGAUACUUCGGGAAGCGAGGGAGAAUCUGGAGUCGUUGAGGAGUUCGAGGAUCGAGCUAGACGAAGGGGCGGAUUGGUUUAGGGAACAGAACGAGAUGAUGCACGCGGAGGAGGCGAGCAGGGCUAGCUCGCCGUGGGGGAAAAGCGGUCAUCGGUGA